UGUAACCAGUUUCUUUUUAUGCAAAGUCUGAUAUAGAUAUUCAUAUUAGUAAGAACCACUUUCUUUAAUCUGUACAAAGCUCACGGAUUAAAAAAAAAACUGGUUUUUGAAUAAUAAAUAGAUGCUUUAGCGUACUUUGUUGAUUUACAACUCAUCUACGAUAAACCCUUUGUUAAUAGUUGACAACCAAUUUAUUUGUUUAACUAUUUAGCAUUAAUUAUUCGUGAUUUUCCUGUUUAUCGGUUCCUAGAAAGCUUCUACAUUUGCUUACACUCAUUACACAACUUGUUUAUAAGCCCUGAGCUGAGAUACUUGCAUUUUCCUGAUAUCCAAAGACUCCAAAACCUUAAUUAGGCAAUAUUUAACAUCUCAUUUAGCCCACUAAUCCCAUAAGGCCUUAGGCAAAACAAACUUUACACAGCUUAGUGAGCCCCAAAACACCAAACGAAAGCAGCUCAAGGGUCGUUCGACUCACCUGGUCUAAACCAACUCAGAUGUUUGUAAACAAAUAAAACAAAAGGCGGGCAAGAGAGAAGGUGGGAAUAAAGACCACUUGCUCUGUGCGCAAUUGGCUUAAAUGCAGCACAGCAAAGAGAGCGAGUAAACCAAAACAUGAAGCUACUACAACCAAAUCCACCGACUUGGCCACUUGGCUGCACUCAUCGCCAGUCUCACAGAAACGCUCAAAGCGUUCGGACACCCCAGCAAAGCGGAGUAUAAGCCAAAAAGCGAAAUAAGAAAGAAAACAAACCCAAGACAAGGCAACAUGGAGUAACUUUCGUGCCUCAUGGUAGAAAAUUCAAACUGGAGAAAGGCCUAGACUACCGCAGCUCAUAAGCAUUUUUUUUUGCAAGCCAGCCGAAGUCCAACUGAUACCCAAAAUUGCCACAUUUCACCGACCAUAAUGCGUUGACAUUGAUUCUGGGCCAACGUGCAUUGUCAUCGGUGGUUCAGGGCUAUCGGGAUUACCAGUUGGUGGACCCAAAAACCAGUUGAAGGGCAACGAGACCAGCUGAAAAACGAGAGAAACUCAUCGCGCAUGCGUGCACGUGCAUAAGUCACUCAAAAGCGUUUUGAGUUAUUUUUGUGUGUCUAUAAAAGUGGGACAAGAACGAGACUUCGCCACAUGCUGCUCAAACUGUCGUUGUGCGGAAGUGAUAAAUUGGUUAAAUACAUGACAUUGCAUAACAUAAACACCUAAAUAAAUGAAAUAUAAAUGAGCUAACUUACCACAAUAAACAAAUAAAAAAUGUGUAAGAAAUCUAUGAGCCAAAUUGGCAAACGUUCGAGCUUUGUGAAAAUAAUAACAACACGGUCGAGCCGAUAACACAAAAGCCACGCUUUGUUCGUGAAUCGUGUGUAAAAACCGAAAACCAAACAACCAAGCGAGCCAAUAAAUAAACAUUAACCAAGACAGACCACAACAGCAACAACCAAAAAGCAAAAACAUAUAAAAGAAAAUCAUAGUGUGCAAAAAUCAAAAAAUGUCCAAGCAGUUGAAAAUAAAUUCACUUUCAUUGCUGCAUUGCCUGGCAGCGUUGCUUUGUGCGACAGCGCUGCAGGCACAACAGCCACAGCAAAUAUUGCAGCAGCAACAGCAACAGCAGUUGCUAAUGCAGCAACAGCAGCUGCCAGCAAGCGUUGCUCCGACAACAGCAGCAACAUCGCCUCCCAGCAGCAACAUCAGACUCUUGAACGCAACUUCAGAUGGUGUCGCCACCACUUUCAUCGACAACACCAGCAGCAGCAAUGCCAACAGUAAUAUCCACGUCGUCCAAAACAAUGAAGCUGCAUCUGCAGCCUCUUUUGAGCAGCAGCCACAACAACCAACAGUGCAAUAUGCACAUAUAUCGCCAUUAGAUAAAGAAGUAGUCGAGCGCCUGAUCAAACAGUGGGCACCGAUAGUAUGGCUGGCGCCGGAGGAGAAAUUCAUGCCUUUGGGUGUGGAGGAAUUUCUGCAGUAUGUGCAUCCCAUGGACAAGGAUAGCAGUUUCCGGCCAGGAGUUCCAUUCAGAGAGUAUUCAACCAAAUCCCACUUGGUCACAAACAAUGAAAUCCAGGAGCUACUAGAGGAUGAGAAAUCAUUUUUGUAUGGACGAAAUCCUAAUGAGAAGCCGGUGCCCAUCUAUGGGGUUGUCACCAUGUGUCCUUCUAGGAGGGAACCAGUUAUGCCUAUAGUUCCUACUUCACCACCUGUAAGCACACGAGGUGCUUACAUUCCCGUCUCCAUCGAUCCCCUCGAGGAACGUAAUGACACUGUUCGGAGAUCUUCUCGACUUUUUCCACUUUUUCAGAGAGUUAAACGAGAGGCGACGUCUGUUCCCCAGUACAAUCCACUCAAUGAAUACGAAGAACUUGUUAUGGAACCUACUCAGAAGCCACAAAAGCAACCGGAUCUUGAACCAGAGCCGGAUAACGGUGUUCCAGUAAAUAAUUUUAUUGCCAACUUGGCGGAUAAUGUGAAGUUCAGCGGUGGCACCGAUUCCGAUGACAAUCUGGAGGAUAACAGUAUUGGCAAGGCUCCCGAACAGGAUGCGAAUCUCGGGAAAGGCAAGCUACCAGGCUUUCAUGUCACCUACUGGAUGUUUUAUCCCUACAGCCAGGGUAAGACCAUGUGUACCGUUAGCUUGGGUCCCCUUGGUAGAAUACCGUUUCCCGCUGUGUACGGAUAUUGUCUGGGGAACCGCAAGGAUAUUGGCAGCCAUGUGGGAGACUGGGAGCACAUGAGCCUUUACUUUAACGGGGAUGCCGAGCCCCAAGCUAUGUAUGUGUCAGCCCACGAUGCGGGUGCCUAUUACAGCUAUAAUCGGCUGACAGGAUCCUUUGAGUUCCGCCGCCAGGAGACCCGCAAAGGCAUUUUACAGCGGCCAAACUUUCCCAAAACGGUGACAACAUUUAAGAACCAUCCGGUUUUGUUUGCCGCCAAGGGUUCACAUGGUCUAUGGACAGCGCCAGGAAAACAUCGCUUUGUUAAAGUGGCACGUCUGUAUGAUAUCAAUGGAUUCGGUACGCCGUGGAACACUUGGAAGGAUGUUGAUAUAAGCUACGAGAACCUCAGAUCUUAUGGUCGGUCACUAGUUCCCGAUUGGCUUACGUAUCGUGGCAAGUGGGGAAAUCCGAAGAGCAAUUGCCAUCCUUUCCGGCGGAUUGGUCUGAAUUUCUGUGAGUUUACGGACGGACCCACUGGAAUACCGCUCAAGGAACCCCACUUUCAAUGUGGUGCAGAUUAUCGCUGAGGACUUGAUCGGAUAAAGAGUUCCUUGCCAAGGCGUAGACUAAUGUGUAGUAAAGUAUUUAUUAUGAAAACCACCCAAAAAGAUCCCAUACAAAUUAAAUAUGAUUAGAAGUGAACAAACAACCUGGAUUUCUUCUUGAAACUAAUGAUAAUUCUAUGGGACACCCUUA